AUGGAUGGCAGCAUUGGAAUGGCUGGUUCUAAUGCAGAAGGAGGGACUACGUGUACUGAAUCGAAUCGUUGUAAUUAUGAUGUGGAUGGUGUUUGCAAUACUGAUGUUGGGAUUGAUGGGGAUGAUCCAUUGGUCGAGGAUGAAUUAGAUUACGAUGAUGUUAUUGGUCUAACUGGUGAAGACAUUUGUAAGAAGGUCUUUUGUUGCGAGCAACGUGCUUAUCACUUCUUUAUGAGGAUAGGAAAAUGUCACGAAUUUGGAGUUCAAAAGGGAGACUAUAGAAAGAACGAGGAUGGCAAUUUGAUAAGGAGAAGAUUCUUUUUCAAUAGAAUGGUGAACCUCGUUCACAACCAUGCGCUCACACUAAAGGUAACGGUAGACAUGAUUCCUGAAUUUUGUCGCAUUUCUGAUGGUGCAAAGGCACAGAUCGAUGGCAUGCAAUGUUAUGGGCAACCUACAUCAAAGAUCUUAGGCUACAAGGCUGGGAUUAAGGGUGGGUAUUCUUUACUUGGUUUCACCAAAAAGGAUGCGUACAACAACAUUGACAAGACAAAAUGGAAAAAGAAUGUUGAUGGGGACCCAAAUGCGGCACUCAUAUAUCUGGAAGGAAAGGCCACCGCAGAUACAAUUCGAUGGCUCGGUAUAAUCUAA